AUGGCCCCCAAGAAGAACAAGAGAACCGCCGACUCCAUCAACUCGCGCCUUGCGCUUGUGAUGAAGUCCGGUAAGGUCACCCUCGGCUACAAGUCCACCCUCAAGAGCCUCCGCACUGGCAAGGCCAAGCUCGUCAUCAUUGCCGGCAACACUCCUCCUCUGAGAAAGUCUGAGCUCGAGUACUACGCUAUGCUUUCCAAGACCUCUGUCCACCACUUCUCCGGAAACAACAUUGAGCUUGGAACUGCUUGCGGAAAGCUCUUCCGUUGCUCCGUCAUGUCCAUCCUCGACGCUGGUGACUCUGACAUCCUGAGCACCAACACCGAGAACUAG